AGAGGGCUCAGUUAAAGCGCCAGUGCAAGAGGAGGAGGUUGUCGUGGCGUGUUAAGGAGGGGCUGAUUAAUCCGAUAUUUAAAAGGGGUUUGUUGCACGUCUACUCGGAAGCUCAGCAGUGCAAAAAGCAGAGAGGCCUGUUUUAAACGCAUGGCUGGAGGAGAGGUGGACUGGACCGUCAUCGUUCUGACAUGUCAGCACAAGGACAGCGUCUUUGCCUUCCAAAAAGAACUGGAGGUCCGCAGGGAUCGGGGCUCCUUGGGGCGACAGCCCAUCCUGCUGACGGUUGAAGACCCCAAGGGCCAGGUUGGCAGCGGAGGAGCCACCCUCAACGCACUACUAGUGGCAGCUGAGCACUUGAGCGCUCGAGCAGGCUACACGGUGGUCACAUCUGAUGUCUUGCAAAAGGCCUGGAUCCUCAUUCUGCACAUGGGCCGGGACUUCCUAUUCGAUGACUGCAGCCGAGCAUUCACCUGCCUCCCCCUGGAGGAUCCUGCAGCCCCUGCUGAGGCACUCACCUGCAACCUGGACAGCCUCCUUGCAACCCUGAUGCACCAGGUGUGCAGAGGCUCCCCCCCAGGGGUCUGGGUUUCCAGCACGGAUAUGCUUCUCACAGUCCCAACCAUGAAAGAGAUCGACUGGCAUGGAUUCCAGGGGGUGAGAGUCAUUGCUGUGCCUGGGAGCAUUUCCUAUGCUAGGCAGCAUGGAGUCUACCUCGCUGACGCUCAGGGGGUAGUGCAUGACAUCUUCUACCAAAGCCCCGAAGACCAAAUCCAGCAGUGCGUGGGGCCAGACGGGAAGGUCCCACUGGUGUGUGGGGUUGUCUUCUUCUCCUCUGAAGCAGCGGAGCAGCUUCUGGCCACCCAUGUCAUGUCACCCCUUGAUGCCUGCACCUACAUGGGGCUGGACUCAGGAGCCCCUGCCAUCCAGCUCUCUCUCUUCUUCGACAUCCUGCUCUGCAUGGCUCAGGGAGUCAGUGAAGAGGCCUUUGUGAAGGGUCAGAGACCAGGGAUGGGCAGUGGCGACAAUGUCCAGGAGACAGGGGCAGAGAGAAGUGCCCGUUCCGUGCUGUGGAAAACUCUCCAUGCCACGCCGCUCACAAUGGCAUACAUCCCCGAGGGUUGCUAUGACUACAUGACCAUGUCUGCCAGCGACCACAUCCGCCACCUCACGCCCCACCCAGGCAAUGCCCGCAGCAGGUCCUUCUGCAAAGUGGCACAUUCCCAUGUGGCUGAGCCUCAGCUGCUGGCUGAGGGCUGCUCCGUCACCAACAGCCUCUUGGAGGGAGCAGUGAAAGUGGGGCCUGGGAGCGUGAUCCAGCACUGCCGCUUGAAGGGCCCUUUGGAGAUUCACACUGGCUGCCUCCUCACUGGGCUGGAUGUGGCAUCCUCCGUGGCCCUCAGGAGCUACCUGCUUCGGGACGUGGUUGUCCAGGGACACACCGUCAGGCUGAGAGGGAUCCCUUGUAAGGUCUUCACCCUGAGUGGGCAUCAUGACGACUGGCAGAGUAUGGCAGAAGAAGGCGGCACCUACCUGAACAUGCCCUGGAAUGAGUUUUUCCUCCACACUGGAAUACGGAGUCACGAUCUUUGGAGCCCAGACACCCCUUCCAGCCGCCGCUGCCUGCUGAAUGCCCGCCUGUUUCCCGUGCUGCAUGCCUCCGAGCCCCUGGGAGUCAGGGACGUCCUCUGGCUCUUGGGCUCCCCUCUUUCUCCUCCAGGGGCUGAGCAGCUGCAGCGCUGGCGGACUUCCUGGCGCAUGUCCUGGGAGGAGCUGCAGGGGAGCCUGGACCAGGAGGCGGAGCUGGCUGCCCGCAGGGCCACCUUCUUCUUGCAGGCCCAGAGCAAGACCAAGAAGGUCCUGAUGGAGCAUAGCAACUGCAGCCUUCUACCGCUGAUCCGCUCCGCAGCCCUGGAGGGCUACCACAAGGCCAUGCUGGAGACACUAGACCAGGUUGCCUCCAUGGCCAGAGACCCUGGCGUUGCUGCUCGAUCCCUGGCUUGCAUUGCUGACCUCCUGGGCUGCCUGGCCAAAGGGGAAGGGGGCUUACGGAGUGGCCCGGCAGCCAACGUGGCUUGGGCCCAGGCCUUCCAGCACCUUGAGAAGGGGGACAUCCCUGAGGGUGUCAAGGAACUGGCCAAGGAGAGGAAGAAGUGGCUGGACAGGCCUGUCCUCCUUGUCCGCGCCGCUCGGCACUAUGAGGGUGCUGAGCAGAUCCUUGUCCGCCAGGCUGUGAUGUCCUCCUGCCAGUUCAUCAGCCUCAGGCUGGCCACACUGCCUCCCAUGGGCCGCUGGGUGAGAGCGGCCUGCCCAGCCAGAAUAGACCUCUCUGGUGGCUGGAGUGACACUCCUCCCAUCACAUAUGAACACGGAGGUGCAGUGGUGGACCUGGCUGUCCUGGUGGAUGGGCACAGGCCCAUUGGUGCACAGGCCCGGCGCAUUGCCGAGCCAGAGCUGCGGCUUGUUAGCAGCAGCGGGAGGCUGGAAGGAGAGAUGGUGGUGGAGCUGGUCUGCAGAGACUUGGAAGACCUACAGGAUUACUGCCAACCUCAUGCACCCGGAGCUUUGUUGAAAGCAGCCUUGAUUUGCACCCACAUUGUGGACCUUGCUUCUCAGAAUUCCUUGCGGGAGCAACUGAUGGAACACUUUGGAGGCGGCUUUGAACUCCGCACCUGGUCACGUCUUCCUCACGGAUCAGGACUGGGCACCAGCAGCAUCCUGGCAGGGGCUGUGAUGGCUUCUCUAUACCAGGCAUCUGGGCACUCCACCAGCGUUGAGUCCCUCAUCCACGCCGUGCUGCAUUUGGAGCAGGUUCUCACAACAGCAAUUUUACUGCUUCAGAAAGAAAGAGGGCUCCCAACUAUAGAUAAGUCUUCUCUUCAUUGGAUCAGAGACCCCUCCUGCCUCCCACAAGGGAUUCACCUGGCAACUGGUAAACAAGCAGGAUCUCUUCCUCAACACUUGUUCUUGUUCCUUGCAGGUGGAGGGUGGCAGGACCAAGUGGGUGGGCUGGUGCCAGGCGUCAAGAUUGGGCGUUCAAAGCCUCAGCUGCCACUAAAGGUAGAAGUGGAGCAAAUCACCAUCCCGGAGAGCUUCAUACACACCCUGAAUGAGCACCUGCUCCUGCUGUACACAGGCAAGACCCGCCUGGCCCGCAACCUGCUCCAGGAUGUUCUAAGGAACUGGUAUGCCCGGCUACCCACCAUUGUGCAGAAUGCCAGCGCACUGGUGAACAACGCAGAGGAGUGUGCCCAGGCCCUUCGGCAAGGCAACCUGGCUCUCUUGGGCAAGUGUAUGAAUCAUUACUGGCUGCAGAAGAAGAAUAUGGCCCCUGGGUGUGAGCCUUUGGCUGUCCGGCGCAUGAUGGAGGUGCUCCAGCCUCAUGUCUAUGGGCAGAGCAUGGCUGGCGCUGGAGGAGGUGGCUUUCUCUAUGUCUUAACUAAAGAGCCCAGGAACCAAGAGGCCUUGCAAAGGAUCUUGAUGGAAACAGAGGGCCUGGGGAAUUUCAGCAUCCACACUGUGGAGGUGGACACAGCUGGCUUCCAAAUGCAGCUUCUGGAGGAAGAUUGGGAGCCAUAGGCACUGCAGGGUUUCCUGCCCACAUCCUACAGCUGUGCAAGAUCUAUGGAUGAAUGACUCAGUGGCUGAAUUUGGUUUAGUAUUUCUUUGGAAGAUUCAUGCACUCCUUCACUGCAGAUGGGGUGAAAACAGCAUCUGCCCCACCCAAGUGAAAAACAAUACUUAGUUGUGAAUUAGUAGGGCCUGGCAGUCAGAUCUGCAGCAUUCUUCAGGAAAUUAUGUGAAGUAAUCAAUGAAAAACUUUUUAUUUCCUUGCUGAUGUAAAUCUCCUUUAUUUAAAUCAAUCCAUCCUCCGCACAGCAUAUGAUGGACACAUUAAGGGAUCUUAAAUGAAUUCAGACUAUUGAUUGGUGGAGCUCAGCACUGUUGCCUCUGACUGGAGGCAGCUAUCCAGGGUCAUUGUCGGGCAUCUUAACUGUCUCUGCUUCCAAAGAGCCUUUUCACUGGAGACACCAAGGACAGAAUGCAGAAUCAACUGGCAUAGAAAACAUGUCCACAUUGCCCAAAGCACCAUCUUGUUCCUAUGACUUAACAAGUGGGGCUAAGACCACAGGUCAACUCACAGGCGAGCCCAAAAUUUACAGUAAUUGCUUUGCAAUUUCAGUUGCUAUUUAACUUGAAUUUGUGUAGAAAUGUUUGUGCAUUAUGAUAAAGAUGUAGAAACAGGCGAGCUGUACCAACUCGCAGAAAAACAAGAGGAAAAUCUCUGAAGAAGGAACUAAGGUUUUGAACAACCAAGGUGGUUGUUCUUUCAGCUUCAGAGAUCCCACUGGGAAAGGGACUUGCAUUUCCCUCCAGUCUUAAGAACAUAGCAAGGCCUUCUUAGGAGAGUGCACCAGUGAUCUCCGCUAGCACGAGUAGGUUCUUGCAAAGACAGCUAGAGGCGGAGUCGCUUGAUGUCUUCACUGCGAAAAUCCAUCCGGAGGGCCAGCACUUGACGGACCUCAGCAGGGGUUAAGCGCCAUGUCAGUGGGCCUGAGUUUGGCCCCCAGUAAUCCAAAAUCUCUGCUACCUGAACGGAAGAGGGAAAGCAAAGUGAUUCACCAGGCAGAAGAACAAAGUGACAGUCCAUCCAAAAGGCAGGUAGGCAGCUUGGAACACAAUAGCUGUGCCUGUCCUCAGCAGUGGGACUGAUAUGUUGCUGGGCUGGAUGCUAAUCUCUAUGUGGAGGAAGAGAAGCAUGUACCCAACAUGGGCCCACAAGUGCUCUCCUCUCUAGCCAGCGUGUGACGUGCGAGGAUUCCAGCUGCAAGGCCCAACACCAGCACCUGAACAGAAGAGGCUGAGGCAUACUAUUUUUAGUCUAUGCUUUAUUUGCUCUAGGCAUAGCUGCCAAGUUAUCCCUUUUUUAAAGGGAUUUUCCCUUAUGCUGAAUAGGCUUCCUCGCGAGAAAAGGGAAAACUUGGCAGCUAUGGCUCUAGGCAUCAGAGUUUUCUGGACUUCUAAAGGUGGGACUAAGCAAGUCAAGUGAGUCAGCCAUCCAGCCCUCUGCUCCUGUUUGUGCAUCUGCUCUGCCUGCCUUGCUCUCCUGCUGCUGAUUGCCCUUUACCCAGUGAGGGAGGGGAGAGACAUUCUGCACUUGUUCAAAGGAUCCUGUUUUGCAUGCUGAGAGCCUGGCCAGGCAUCUUGGACCCUUUCUAUAAAGCCAGGUGGAAGCAGCA